AUGUCGGAUGCGGGUAUUCAUGUCAUCUUUGAUAGUGCACAGGAUAGCCAGCCUCCCAGGAAAGCAGAGAUUGACGUCAUCGCCGUCCACGGACUCAACUUUCUAAACAGCGCCAACCAUGCGCAGGGCACCUGGACGAAGGGCGACAAAUUAUGGCUGCGCGAUUUCCUCCCCGACCAGCUUCCGAAGCCCCCCCGGGUGAUGCUGUUCGAAUACAACUCGAGCCCCGCCCUAGGCUCAUCAGCAAUCAAAGUUGACGACCACGCGAGGACCCUGCUUCAGUGGCUUCGUGUGGAGAGAAGGAGUGAUCCCCAGAGGCCGCUUGUUUUCAUUUGCCAUAGCCUGGGCGGCAUCGUGGUCAAAUCGGCGCUUGUCGAAGCCAAGCUGAACACAAAAUACGCAUCCAUCCUCACGUCGACUCGUCUCCUUGUUUUCUUCGCCACACCGCAUCAGGGUGGAAAUUUCGCGAGCGUCGGCGACAUCGUUGCGAAGAUAGUCGGCAAGGGUCUCAGGAAUCCGAGCAAUGACCUUGUCGACGCGCUCAAGGAAAACUCCAACGAGGCUACACGGCGAUACGAACAGGCCCGCCACUUAUUUGGCAAAUGUCCCGCUAUCAACUUUUACGAGGGAAUGAGCUACGGGGUGGCCGGGAUUAUUGUGGAUAAGAAGUCUGCGACCUUGAAUUUGCCCGGUGACCUCGAGACGCAGGUCGCUAUACAGGCGGACCAUAGCGACACUUGCAAAUUCGAAUCGGCCAGUAACCUAACAUGCAGAUUAGUUAUGGGGACGAUUGUUGAUGAACUCGAGUCAGCAUUGGAGCUGGAAGAUGACUCUAGUGAUAACCUGAGUGAAAGGAACCGUAUAUGUCUCGCAAACCUUUGGGUGACGGACCCCGCUCAUGACAGGGCCCGCAGCAGGGCAGCUUCCAGAGCUCUCCAGUGCCACCCAUCUCGGCUAUCUAUCAGAAAAGAGUAUUGUCGUCACUGGCGCGAACGCGAGCAGGGAGGUCUGCUCUGGGUCACGAGCGGUGUCGAACAAGAGAGGACUGCACUGCUCUGCGACAUUAUUGACGAAGUGGAAGGCCAGAGCCCAAACCGCAUUGCUUAUUUCUUCUGUCAAGAGAACGACCCCAGGGGAGACAACGCCCUCGCCAUCCUACGUAGCCUUGUCUACCUUCUCAUAGUACAACAAACGUCGCUAGUAUCCCAUGUGCAAGCCAAAUUCGACGUUGCCGGCCAGAAUCUUUUCGCGGACAGGAGCGCCUGGGUGGCUAUUUGCGAAAUCUUCACAAAUAUGCUAAUGGAUAUAAACUCCCCAAGGGUGUUCCUGGUUGUCGACGCCCUCGAGCACUGCAAGAGGGGCCAGGCAAGCCUCUUGAAACUAAUCAUCCGGUCUUCUUCGCCACGCGUCAGGUGGAUUGUGUCAAGUAACGCAGGCGAAGAAAUCGGCAAACAGUUGCAGCUCGAUCCGUUACGGACAGUGCUCGAUCUAGAACUUGAUGUGACCUACGAAGACUUGGAGCGACGGCAUCGGGAAACUAUCCAGGGUAUCCUGUCUUUUAACAGCGAAGAAUCACAAUACUGUCUACGACUCUUGUCGAUAGUCCUAAUUGCACAUAAACCGCUUCUUUUGGAGGAACUCGGGGUCCUGGCGGGGCUGAGUUCAACGGAAUCAAUUGCAGCCGCCGUCCGUCGCUGCGGAUCGUUUCUCUCUGUCACGGACGGCACGGUAAACUUUGCUAAUCGAUUUUCCAAGUCAUAUUUCUCUUCACCGAGCGCCCGGGAAGUGAUAAACCAGGGGCCAAAUCCUCACGGCAUUAUCUUUCGGAGAUCACUCGCGGUGAUGCUCGAGACUCUGCAUCGCAAUAUGUAUGAUCUAGAAGACCCCGCCUUUGAUAUCGACGAAGACGAGAAACCAGACACGAACCGGUUGGUUUCACUCGGAUACUCCUGCAUCUACUGGGUUGACCACCUCACACAGUGGCUGUCUACCCAAGAUUCUCAAUCUGUCUCCGAGCUUGAGGACGGUGGGAGCGUCGAUGGCUUCCUCAGAAGCAAGUAUCUUUACUGGCUGGAAGCUCUUUCCUUCCUCGGACAUCUAGCAGCCGGAAAGACGGCAAUGGAGAAACUUGAGACGCUGCUUCGUACGGGAUCGUCUCUUCACUCAUUCGUUUGCGAUGCCCAGCGCUUUUUGCAUCGCCACGAGUUCCUUAUACGGAGGUGGCCCCUGCAACUCUACGUUUCGGCCCUACUAUUUAGUCCGAAUAGCAGCGUAGUCAAGAAUCUCUUCGACGACAAUACUCCAAAGGGCGUCAUGACCAAAUUCACCAUGGAUGACGGGUGGGUCGAAAAUUUUGACGGAACCUACGGAAAUUUUGGCUACGCUGUCGUUUUCUCACCUAACGGCGCUUUUAUCGCAUCGGUAGGUGCUUACGACGCCAUCGUUCGGGUCUGGGAUGCCGCAACUGGGGUUUGCCGUCACGCGUUAGCUGCGCAUGCGAAACCCGUCAAGGAGGUCAUCUUUUCUCCCAACUCGAAAUUCGUAAUAUCGUCAUGCGGAACUAGAACUAUGAUCUCGGAGGCCGAAACCGGGAAUUGUCAUGGCAUGUUCGAUGUCGAGAGCGGGCUUGUUGCCCUAUCCCCCGACUCUGCGCUAAUAGCUUUCUACGAGCGACGAAGUAAACAGAUUUGUCUCUGGGAUGCAACCACAAGCUCUCAGCGGCAUCUACCGGCACCUCCGACUAGGUUCUUCUCGCCGGUUUCGAUCCAGUUUUCGCCGGACUCUCAAAAAAUCGCAGCUGUCGAUCAGUGCGGUAAAGUCUACAUCUGGACCCUUAAGGAUCCAGUCAGAAUCCCAAUUGUUGCCAGCAGUUUUUAUCCCUACUCUCUAGCUUACUUCUCCCCAGAUGGACGACACCUUGCCCUCAAGAUAGAAGCCUAUCACCCUAGACCUGAUUCUCUUGUGUUGUGGGAUUUUCAAACCGAUGAAAGGCGAUCUGUAGAUCUCCCCAGGAAUGGCAUCACAUCCUUGGUAUAUUCGCCCGACUCGAGAUAUAUCGCGGCAUUUAAUGGAGAUAUCAUCGCUGUGGUUAAUGCUCAGACUGUUCGACUCCAAUACACUCUCCAUGCAUGCCAGUCAUUCAAAGCAGCCGCGUUCUCGUCCGAUUCCCGGCUAUUAGCAAUAGCUUGCAGCGACAUGACUCUCAUGGUCGAUGACAUUGAAACAGGCUGGACGCACAAGUUGAGAGUUGGCGCACGUCUCUCAAGGCAUCAAGAGACAUUGCAGAUCCUGUCAUUUGACCAGACGGGCCGCUAUCUCACCACCGAGGUCGGUGUCAUCGACCUCGAUCUAUCUCCGCGGGUUUCGGGUCCCAUAAAACGUGAACCAUAUCGCGAUCCGGUCUACAUGGGCCCGGGGCUGCUCAGCGACGGAGGAUGGAUUGUGCGAGGCUCGGAGAAGAUUGUGCGGCUGCCUGAUAAUAUAGGCGGGGCUGCCAAAACUUGGGCCGUUUCAGGUUCAACGUUUGCUGUUAGUUACGCGCCUACGAAAGUGUGGGUUUUCGAUCUGUAA